UUGAAGGUGUACACGUGAUGCAGACCGAUGGAAUUAUUUAAAAGAAAUAAUUUUCACUCAGCCUUCUGAUUGCCUUGACUUUAAUUAAAUAUUUUUAUAACAGUUCCGAAUAAUUGUAUGAUUUGUGCAGUUGCAAAUAAUGUCUGGUGCAAGUUCCGGUAUAGGUACUUGUUAUCAUAUGUGUCCGGUUCAAGAAAUGAAAUGGAGAGAAGCUAAUAAAUUAUUACAUGUUUUUGAGGUAAAACAUAAAAAUGAAAAAUACCCCAAAGUCGAUCCCGAAAAAGCUGUUAAACAGUUCUCUCGAUCUGCUGCUGGUAAAAGGGAGGACAUGCCAUCAGAUUUAAGGCCUUCACAUGUGCUACUAAAAACAAUGAAUUAUUUAAUAAACAAAAUCAUCCCCAUUACUGAUGUUCCAUGGAACGUUGUUUACGAUUUUGUAAAUGACCGUGUUCAAGGCAUUAGGCAAGAUAUUACAAUUCAAAGGAUUGAAGAUCUAAAUACUGUUCAAAUAUUUGAAAAAUGUAUCAGAUUUUACAUCACGUCGGCUUAUAUUCUCUGUGAAGAAGCCAGUGAAACUUUUAGUCAGCAUUUGAAUCGCCAACAGCUCCAGAUUUGUUUAGAAAAAUUAUUAUGUUUGUAUAAAAGGUUUGAUAGCGAGUAUUUCUUUGAAUUUGUUGCAGUAUUUUAUGCUCAGAGUAUUGAUGAGUCGGAAACAUUUAAUCGUUCUCUGACAGUAUUCUCAAACAUUUUAUCAAACAAGAUUGUUUAUUUGUGUAUACGAAUAUGCCUUGCCUUCCACAGCGGGAACUAUAUGCGUUUUUUUAAGUAUGUAAAAGAAUUACCAGUCCUCUUAGUAAUGUGUUUCUUCCAUAAUUUUGGAUCAGUUCGAUGGCAUUCUUUAAAAGCAAUGAGUGUAGCUUAUAGUUCUAAAACAUGUCAAAUUCCUUUGGGUGUCAUAUGUCACUGGCUUUCCAUAAGCAAACACGAGGCUGUUCUAAAUAUUUGUAAAAGGUAUAAUAUUGAAAUAAACGGUAAAAAUGUUUGUUUUAAUAAGAAGGAUUUUAAUUUAAAUGCUAGUAUCUUGCCUAUGCAAAAAGAAGAUUUCAUAGAUAGUAAACUGAAAAACAUAAAAUUGUCAGAUUUAAUUAAUGGAUGCUCUUAACAGUUUUUUUUUUUUUUUUUUGUAUUUAGUAUUCUGUAUAAUUAUGUAAUUUGAUUCUAAAUUUAAAAAGUCAACUUCAUGUUUAUUUUUAUUUUAAGUAAAUCAUAAAAUGUGUUUGUAUGCAUUAUAUUCCACUCCUAUGAGUGAUUUUUCAUCUUCAUUUGCAUUCACUAUUAUUAAGUGCAAGUAACACCUAAGAUUAUAACACACUUUAAAUUCUUAAAUGACAUGAAUUCCUUUUCACUGGUGUUUUAAAUUCUUCUUUGUUUUAGAUGUGCUUUUAAGGGUUUCUAGAUGAAAUUUCAUUCAAAGUAGCAUUCAUAUAUGGUGGUUUUUUUUCUUUCAUUUUUAACAUUGAUCUAGAUUAGAUAGUUUAUUUUCAAAACAUUGAUCUAGACAGUUUAUUUGCAAAGUUUUUGACAAAGUUUUUCACAGAAAACUGAAUCUUAAGGAAAUAUUAAACAAUAUUCUUCCUUCUUAGUAAGAAUAUUGUUUUUCUCCUUCAAUAUACAAUUUUUGGAAGUAUAAUCAAUGUUUGGAAUGUUCAUGUAGUUUCUUCAUAGAACUUAUCUUCUAAAAUACUGUUUAAGUCUCUGGUUAUGGUUUUUUUAAAAUUUCUUCAUUGCUAUUUUAAUAAAAAUCUUUAAAAUGAGAAAGGAUUUUUGAGAAGAGAAACUAAUUUGCAGGUACCAAAUCUAGUGAAUAAGGGGAAGAUUGAGAACUGUACUACAUUUCUUUACUUAAAACUAUGUGAUUAAAAUAUAAUUGUGAGGUGAUACUUUGUCAUGCAGAAACAAUUAUUGGAGCACUUUCAGGUCUAAUAGUUUGAUUUCUCUUUAGAAAUAUGAGGCUCACCAGCGGCCGAGCGGUAAAGUCGCUGAACACUGGUAGUUCGGUCCGAGGUUCGAAUCCCGCAAAUGGCCUGAUGAAUGCAUGGGUGUUUUCGUGGUUUUCCCCAUGUGUAACGUGUAUAUGAGCCAGUUUCCCUUAGAAAGUCCUCCACGAAAGCAUCCCUUCCCUUAGGCAGAUAGCCCUAGUGUGCUUUGCCAUAAUUAAAUACACCAACACACCACCUUUAGAAGUAUGUCUAUUAUGUCAUACAAAAUGUAGAGUUAAUUGUUUAUUCUUUGGGUACAAGUUCCUUUUGAAUUUUCCCAAGCAGAUAACUGCUGUUUUAUCCCAUAUAAGCGAAGACAAGUUUUAUCUCCUGUAAUAAUUUGUGUCAAAAAGUCAGCAUGAAUGUCUGACAUGUAGGUCAAAUCAUGAUGUUCAGAAAUUUGAUCUAUAUUUUGAGAGAUAAAACAGAAACAACUUUUUUAUUUUCUUAAUACUUUUGGCAUUUUUUAACUGUGUCAUUGAUGAUAUUAAGUUCAUCAGCUGUUGUGAUUAAUGAUAUUAAGUUCAUCAGAUGGGUGGAGUUUUUCAACAAUGCUUUUUGGACCUUUUUCAGUUUGUCAUCUGUUAAAGACUGAAGAAUGACCAUUCUUGGGUUCAUCAUCAACCUUUGCGUCCAUUAACGGAUUGUCUGUGUGAAUGGAAAAUUUUGGAUUCCCUUAAUGAUUGGUCUCAUAUGCUUUAAGUAACAUUGCAAAUGGAUGCAUUGUUAUUUUUGCCACUCUACAGGAAGACAAUAUUGCUAUUCUGUAUUCCGCAUUCAAAUGUAUGAUAUCAGAUGUUCCCUGGGUCAAAGCAAAUAUUAACUUCUGAGAAAAAUCCUAUCUGCAAGUCAACAAGAUUCUAGGAAAAAUAAAUUAAGAUGUCUUGGUAAAAAAUGCUAUCAAUUAUCAUUUGACAGGUUUGCUUGCUAAAACUUGUAAAAAUAAAAUAAAAUUAAAUUAAAAGUCCUAAAUCUUUGUAAAUGUAAUGGGUAGAAUUUAUUUAUUAAAUAUAAUGGGGUAUUGGCCAUUUCAAUCUCCAGAUUUUAAAAAUCAUGAAAAUGUUUUAAGAUUAAAAAAUCUGAAUCUUUGCACAUUUUUUGGGCUAAUCUUUGGAAUAUGGUAACAGGUAGUUUGGCGACAUUUUGG